AUUCUGAAAGGGCGUUUGGAUAUCACUGAAUCCUCUUUUCUCGUAGGCAGGGAAUUUGAGGCUCGCUCUCACAUUCCCUAGCAGCCGCUACCUGAUCCCCGGGGCAGUGCAGACGGGCGGCAGUAGUAGUGGCGUCUCACGUUUUCCCGAACGGUGCCGCGGGAAGGUGACUUUGUGAUGAGGGAAAGCGGUGUCUUUUUGACACGUGGAGAAUGUGGAGGCGCCAUCCUGACCCAGAUACCGGGGCUUUUAAUUAUUUUUAAAUUUUCAAUUACAUCAGCCAAACUGCGCUUUGGCGUUUCGCGUCCUUUCCUUGGGCUAGUUAAAUGGCCCUCCACAUGUUGUACGUGGUGAGUGGCAGACACAGUUGAGCCCUGCCUCCACCUUUAGGGAGCCCUUGGAGUGUGGAGGGGGACCAGCAUGUUAAGUGUCUGGAUGUCAAGAUCGGAGAACUGCUGGCUCUCAGAAGAAGGAAAUUUUCGUUUGGCCCAUGUCACAGCAGAUUCUGUGGAAAAGGGGGAGGCUACAGAUAUUAAAGGGUGACAAUGAAGAACAGGAAAAAUUACUGAAGAAAAGCUGUACAUUGUAUGUUGGAAAUCUUUCCUUUUAUACAACUGAAGAACAAAUCUAUGAACUCUUCAGCAAAAGUGGUGACAUAAAGAAAAUCAUCAUGGGCCUGGAUAAAAUGAAGAAAACAGCAUGUGGGUUCUGCUUUGUGGAAUAUUAUUCAAGAGCAGAUGCAGAAAAUGCCAUGAGGUACAUAAAUGGAACUCGUCUGGAUGACCGGAUCAUUCGCACAGACUGGGACGCAGGCUUUAAGGAGGGCAGGCAGUAUGGCCGUGGGCGUUCUGGGGGCCAGGUACGAGAUGAGUAUCGUCAGGACUACGAUGCUGGGAGAGGAGGUUAUGGAAAACUUGCCCAAAACCAAGCCUGGGUAGUGAGCUGGUGGUCUCUACAGAGAAGGGAGUCUGGAGGAUUUAUUGUGCAUUUGUAAGGCAAGAGAGAAUUUCUCUAAUAUUAUGUGAACUAUUGCUCAUUUUAAACUGGUAGUCUAGUAUAAUUUUCCCCGAUGUAAGUGACAUUUUUUCAUCUAGCAACAAAGUAUCUCCUAAUUUCCAGUAGUUGUUUGUGAAGUUGGGGCUGAAGUAUCUCAAUUGAACAUCUUUCAUGUUACAGUAAGUGUAUGUUGUUUUCUCAAAUUUAAACUGGCUAUUUGAACUUUAAAAUGUAUCAUCUCUAAAUUAGUUGUAUUUAGGAAGACAUUUGCAAAUAUCUAAUGAGGACAUACAAUUCAUUAUUAAAAUCUUUUUACACUGUAGUUGUUUGAAUUAAUGUAUUUUAUAUUUUGCAGUAAAACGUAACUCAGAUUUCUAUAGGCGUUAAAACCACAGUGGUUCCUAUUCGAAUUGUCUUCUGUAACAGAU